AUGGGAAGGGACAACCAGACAGCCACUGUGUCAGAGUUUGUCUUGCUGGGUCUCUCAGCGCACCCGAAGCUGGGGAAAACACUCUUCGUUCUCAUCCUGUCCAUGUACCUGGUGAUCCUGCUGGGCAACGGGGUCCUCAUGCUCGUGACCAUCCUCGAGCCCCGCCUGCACACGCCCAUGUACUUCUUCCUGGGGAACCUCUCCUUCCUGGACGUCUGCUACACCACCUCCUCGGUGCCCCUCAUUCUAGACAGCUUCCUGACCCCCAGGAAGACCAUCUUCUCCGCCUGUGCUGUGCAGAUGUUUCUCUCCUUUGCCAUGGGAGCCACAGAGUGUGUACUGCUGGGCAUGACGGCGUUUGAUCGCUACGUGGCCAUGUGCAACCCUCUUAGGUACCCCUUGGUCAUGAGCAAGGCUGCCUGCGUGCCCAUGGCCACCAGCUCCUGGGCAGCCGGAAGUGUUGCCUCCUUGGUUCAAACAUCCCUUGCAAUGCGACUGCCCUUCUGUGGGGACAACGUCAUCAACCACUUCACCUGUGAGAUCCUGGCAGUCCUGAAAGUGGCCUGUGCUGACAUCUCCAUCAAUGUGGUCAGCAUGGGGGUAACAAAUGUGAUCUUUCUUGGGAUCCCGGUCCUGUUCAUCUCUUUCUCCUAUAUCUUCAUCCUUACCACCAUCCUGAGGAUCCCCUCAGCCGAGGGGAGGAAGAAGGCCUUCUCCACCUGCUCUGCCCACCUCACAGUGGUGGUCGUCUUCUAUGGGACCAUCCUCUUCAUGUAUGGGAAGCCCAAGUCCAAGGACCCACGGGGGGCAGACAAGCAGGACCUUGCAGACAAGCUCAUCUCCCUCUUCUAUGGGGUGGUGACCCCCAUGCUGAACCCCAUCAUCUACAGCCUGAGGAACAAGGAUGUGAGGACCGCUGUGAGGAAACUUGCAAUAUUUAAGAAGAAGUUUGCCCAAUGA